GUAGUGAAAUAAAAAUGCGCAUGUUAAGAGCUUGUUGCGGUUUUUAAAGCCUCAAGAAAAAAAUAUGACCAGUAAAAUUAUUUUCAUAUAUUUUUUACUAUCGCUGUUGUGCUACUUAAAUCUCACAUUCACCACUGCCACUACUGAAAGGCCAGCACUAGCAGGGAUAGCGGCGACAGUGGGCAGUGCUACCAACGCCACUGAGCACACCGUUGAUUUGGUGCAUUUGGUGCUGGAACGCGUACUGGCCGAGGCGGAUGCAACAACCAAUUUUGUGAUUGCGCCACAGGAACUGCUGGCAUUGUACCUGCAACUGCAUGGAACGGACAAAGAAAUUGCUGCCGCUGCCGAUUCCUUCAGCGCCAAUGAAAAUAGCUACGAUCCAGUGCGCAAUGAGGUCGAGAACACCAACAGUACGGGGGAGGUGCAAGAGUACGAAGAGCUGUUCAACAUACCGGGGAGUCCGAUUUUGGUGUCCAAUACGUUGUACGCCGACGUAUACAACUCCAAACGAUUUACAAGGAAGUUGAAAAAUCUGCAAAUUGUGCUGCAUGAGGAGAGCGAUGAGGAUGAUGAACGCACCGGCAGCAGCGGCUACGGUAGCGAUAAUAAUAAUGCUGCAGUGGCAAGGAACCGCAUGGCGCACAAUGUGUGUAAUAACAACAACCGCAACAAAAACGACAAUUGUAACGAACUAAUCAAUACGGUGCGUAUAAAUUCACGCUGGGCGCACAAUUUCCAAAAGCGUGAUACCCACAAACGCCAAUUCUACAUGCCACAUACACAUACACAUGCCUACUUGCAUGCCAUGCGCAAGGACGACAUCUUCCCCUAUGCCAAAUUGGAAGAGUUCAAUGCUACCGCCUUGGAAUUGUCGCUGCAGCGACAGCAAUUGAAAAUGCUCCUCAUACUGCCUGAUGCCAGGGAUGGUUUGCCACAACUGCUGCAACGUCUAAGUGCCAAUGUGAAAUUGCUGGAUGAGUUGUGUGGCAUGACGCGCGACACGGAACAGCCGACAAGGACAGUCAGCAUAGCUGGCUAUGAACGUCGCUAUUUGGAACCGACAUUGGUGCGCGUUUCUUUGCCGAAAUUUCAAUUUUCACAACGCACAGCCUUAGAUGGCAUUUUUCGACAGUUACUAAACGCUACAGCGAAUGUGGAUCUUCAUUGGCCCAGCGCAUGGCAAGUGACACAGGAUGUACAGUUUGCAGUGAGCGAAGAUGGUAUUGGCGAACUGAAACCAUCGAUAGUACUGUUUUGGAACGCCUUUUCGUCGUUACGCACUAAACCACUGAUGUUCAGUGUCGAUCAUCCGUUCGUGUUCAUCGUCUACAAUGGAAAAGGAAUACAGUUAUUGGGGCAUUUGGCACAACUACACGAAUGAGUGAUGGGAGAUGUUUGAUAUGUGAAGGCGAGUAUGUUGCAUGUGUGUAUGGUGACUGCAGAGCCAUGCGUAGCCAAUACAGACGAAUGUUAGAUGUAAAAUU